UCAGAAUUUAUUAUAAGCAAACAUCCAUUAAUGUCUUCUCUUCUGUCUCACAAAUCUCCGUUCCCGUUUAGUGCGAUUCUGCGUGAUUCCCACUUACUGCCCUAAUUCCUCGGUUAAAGAGAGUUGCCGCACCACUGAACUCAAUCAUUGCAACCUUUCCCGAUCUCUCUCUCCCUCAGCUUUCCUCCCUUUUUUCUGUUCUUUUCGAGCUUCUCUCUCACUGAAGAUACUCGCAAGCGGACAAUGUGGAAGGCCUUUGGUUUAAAGCUCUGCAUUCUAGGGCUUUCAUGCCUCAUUCUAGGUUCUGCUGCGGAAAAUGAAGGAAAUCCUGCUAAUGAGAUUGCCAAACUUGUCAAUGCAAAUCGCACUGCAACCAAGCUAAGGAAACUGUACAACAAUCCUGGGUUAGGAUGCAUGGCCUUGCAGUUUAUAUCUCAAUGCCUAGGAAAUUGCAGCAGCAACAACACACUCUCCUGUCAUCCCCCAGAAGUUGACAUAACUGAGGUCUAUGCUCCUAAUUGUGGGGUAGAAUUAGCGACUGUUGGAAUUAUUUCAGGCUAUCUUUUGGGCUGCCAUUGGAAUUUUCUAAACCCAGAACAAGCUUUCUCUAAUGUCCUCAUCAGAGACAAGAGAACAAUCUCCCUUAUGCAUGGUAGAGACCUCACAGAGCUAGGAGCAGGCUUUAUAAGCGAAAAACAUGGAGGAUUCUAUUGGUGCAUCUUAUUCAGCAAUGAAACAAGUAAUUCUAGUUUUGUUCUUGAAGAAGGUGGGAAAGGUAUUGAGCAGAAAACUGGCUGCUUCAGUGGAUCAGAUGUGCCUUGCAGUAGUGCUGGUAUGAAACUUCUUAUUUUAGCUUACUCCAAGCUUUUUGUUUUUAUCCUGCUAUUAAGUUUUCUGCUUUGCUAUUAAUAUUUGGAAAUCCUGGAGUGAAUAUUUAUAUAGAGAGCAUAUAUAAGGAGAAUUUUCUGAAUCGGACAUUUUUUUGUUUAAAUUUUGUGCAUGCUUUGUCUUCUUUGUCUGAUUUAGUUGUGUUCAUCCUCUUCAGCUACAAACAAACUUCUUAUAUUGGAAUUUCAAGUGUGAAAUUGGUUUUCUAUAGCUUGUUUUCA